AUGGCACUUACGGCUGUUCUUUCUAUGCUUCGUUAUGUCAGUCAUGCAGAUGACCGUGAUUUCGUCGAUCGUCUUCACAGUUAUUUCACCGCAAAUAUUCUGAUAGCUUUCUCGGUGCUUGUUAGUUUCAAGCAGUUUGGUGGGAAACCAGUCGAAUGUCUUGUGCCAGACUUGUUUUCGGGAGCAUGGGAACAGUACGCCGAGAAUUAUUGUUGGGCCCAAGAUACGUAUUAUGUGCCAAUGCGUGAGGUGGUCGCUGGAAUGCCAACUACAGAAAAACGCCAGAGGCGAAUCUCCUACUAUCAGUGGGUUCCAUUCUUCCUGCUCAUCGAAGCUGCUUGUUUCCGAAUCCCGAGCCUUGUGUGGAAACACAUGGCCGGUUAUUCAGGUAGAGUU